UGAAUCAGUAUUUUGUGUGCAGUGUUUUUGGCCUGCUGCCUUACAUGGGCAAACCUCCCGACUCAGACGGCUGGAAUUUCAGCACGUGACGUCACUGCCUGCAAACUCUCCCACAAUUUUGGACCAAGAAGAAAGUUUGACUUUUUUUUUUCUCCCCCCUGUUUCUCACUUUUUUUUGCUGGGAUUUUUCAGCUUCCCUUUCCCCCCCCCACCCUCUGACGUUUCCUAGAAAGCGAGAUUUUAGUGUACUGCAGAGAGCUUCAACUGCCUUCCUGAAAUUCCUAUCACCCAAAGAGGAGAGAAGCUAAGGGUUUCCUGUGAGAGAAUAACUGUAAUCUCAGAGGGGAAAACAGGACUCAUUAAAUCUACUCAAGGUGUGUGAUCCUCUGGUUAAGACCAUCACAAGUAAACGUUUUUGGAACCAUGUGGACCCAAGCAAACGAGCAGACAGGCCAAAUAUCUGCCAGGAUGGAGACCACCCCGUCUUUUGGCAGUGCCAGCAUCUCCAUCUCGCAGCAGCAGGCGCCCAAGAAGUUUGCCCCCGUGGUCGCACCCAAACCGAAGUUCAACCCGUUCAAGCAGGGAGACGGRGCCCAGUCUGACUCUGCAGCGGACUACCCUCCCCCUCCGCCACCUGCCGAAGAGUCGACCGGUUACCCAUCACCGCCUGCUUCCUUCCCGCCACCGCCGCUGGACAACUCGUUGGAGUAUCAGAUUAAAGGACCUGAGAAGACCCUGGAAGAGAGGCGCUCCAGUCUGGAUGCAGAGAUCGACUCCCUCACCAGCAUCUUGGCAGACCUGGAGAGCAGCUCCCCCUACAAGCCACGGAGCGCACAGAAUGUUGCAUUGUCAGCGGGCUCCACCCCCAACGCUCCCGUGACCGGUUACAAGCGGAUGGUCAUUCCGAACCAGCCACCUCUAACUGCUACUAAGAAGUCCACUCCCAAACUUCAAACACCGGCGGGAGUCUCGACUGCCGCAUCACCUCCCCCUGUCAGCCCAGUCCCUAAGCCUCAGGGCCCCUUGGCUCCUCAGCCGGUUCCAGCUUCUUAUACCACAGCAUCCACCCCGAGCCAGCCCACCUUUAAUGUCCAGAUGAGGUCAGCCCAGCCCACCCCCCAACAUCAAGCUCCUGCUGGGCACCAUUUUGGCCAACAGCCAGUUCGCAGCCCCGGACAGGUGCAUUACAUGCCCGCCCAGCCGAAAGGUCCCAGUUUUGCUUAUGGACCACCCCAGCCUGGCUUUACCCCAAUGGGUCAUCAAGAGCAGCACCUUCCAGGAGGACCACAAGUGGGUGGAGGAACUUCCAGGAGACCAGAUCCAGUUCCAGUCCAAGCAUACCAGCCUCCAGGGCCCAAGAAAACCUACAUAACAGAUGUGCCUCCAAGCCUGGCUCCAUAUCCCUCUGGACAAGCUGUUCCACCAAAGGGUGGCGCUCCCAUGGCUCAUCCAGAAGAUGAGCUGGAACGCCUGACCAAGAAGAUGCUGUUUGACAUGGACAACCCUCCAUCUGAGGAGUAUUUUGGACGCUGUGCCAGCUGUGGGGAGAAUGUGGUUGGUGAAGGCACCGGCUGCACCGCCAUGGACCAGGUCUUCCAUGUGGACUGCUUUGUCUGCAUGACCUGCAGCACCAAGCUGCGUGGCAAGCCCUUCUAUGCCAUGGAGAAGAAGGCCUACUGUGAGCCUUGCUAUAUCAACACCCUGGAGACCUGCAACGUCUGCAGCAAACCCAUCAUGGAGCGCAUCCUGCGGGCGACAGGAAAGGCCUACCACCCUCACUGCUUCACCUGCGUGGUGUGUCGCCGCAGCCUGGACGGGAUCCCCUUCACCGUGGACGCCUCCAACCACAUCCACUGCAUUGAGGAUUUCCAUAAGAAGUUUGCUCCACGCUGCUGUGUGUGCUCUGAGCCCAUCAUGCCGGCACCGGGUCAGGAGGAGACCGUUCGCAUCGUGGCUCUGGACCGUGACUUCCAUGUUCUGUGUUACCGCUGUGAG